GCAAGGAAUGCCAUCUCUCUCUCUCUCUCUCUCUCUCUCUCUCUCCUGCCUGUUUUCUGGGUUUUCAGUGCACAAACAUCUCAUUCCCCUCCAUUUUCUCUUUUGGGUCUCUCGACCAAUCUACAACUCCACCUAAACACCUACUGCUACUACUACAACUAGUACUGGUUGAGAUGCUCAGCUCAUUGAGUUCUCAUGAAGAAGAAGAGAAUCCAGAUCACCACAACCACCCAAAUCCCCCACGCGGGUUCGCCUCCUCUCCAGGCAACCACAUGCGCCAGUUACUAAUCAGCUGCGCCGAGCUCAUCUCCCAAUCAGACUUCCCAGCAGCUCGCCGUGUAGUCUCCCUCCUCUCCACAACCUCCUCCCCUUAUGGAGAUUCCACUGAUAGAUUAAUCCACCAAUUCUCAAGAGCCCUCUCCAUCAGACUUAAUCGCCGCCGCACCUUCCACAACCUCAUCUCUUCCUCCACCGCUACAUCAUCCACCUCCACUCCCAUUUCCAAUCCAACUUCCAUUCAAUCCUCCUAUCUCUCCUUAAACCAAAUCACCCCUUUCAUCAGAUUCAGCCACCUCACAGCCAAUCAAGCCAUCUUAGAUGCCAUCGAAGGCCAAAGCUCCAUCCACAUACUCGAUUUCGACACAAUGCAAGGAGUGCAAUGGCCUCCUCUGAUGCAAGCGAUCGCUGAGAGAUCCCCAAACCCACCCAAGAUCCGAAUAACUGGAACUGGCCAUGAUUUUGAGACCCUUCAAAGGACUGGCGAACGCCUUCAGAAAUUUGCACAGUCUUUAGGCCUGAAUUUCUUCUUCCAUCCACUUCAAAUCCAAGACGAUCCUUCUUCGGCUGCAUUUCACCUCCCAUCUUCCAUCAUUCUACUCCCCAAUGAGACACUGGCUAUCAAUUGCGUUCUUUAUCUUCACAAGCUUCUCCGGGACGACUCGCGUGACGUUCGGCUCUUCCUCCGCGCCAUCAAGGCCAUGAACCCUAAAGUGGUGACUGUUGCUGAGAGAGAAGCCAAUCACAACCACCCAAUUUUCUUGCAGAGAUUUAUGGAGGCUUUGGAGUAUUACACUGCCAUGUUCGAGUCCCUUGAAGCAACAGUGCCACCCAACAGCCAGGAGAGGUUGGCUGUAGAGCAGGUCUGGUUUGGGAAGGAGAUCAGCAACAUAGUUGCGGCGGAGGGAGAAGAAAGGAGGGAGAGGCAUGAAAGGUUUGAGAGUUGGGUGGAAAUCAUGAGGAGCUCCGGCUUCUCGAAUGUUCCGCUGAGUCCCUUUGCGUUGUCGCAGGCCAAGCUCCUUCUCAGACUCCAUUAUCCUUCUGAAGGCUAUCAGCUCCAGCUUAUGAAUGAUUCCUUCUUUCUAGGUUGGCAAAACAAGACCCUCUUUUCAGUCUCUUCAUGGCAAUAAACCCUAGUUCUCUCUCUCUCUCUCUCUCUCUCUCUCUCUCUCUCUCUCUCUCUCUCUCUCUCUCUCUCUCUCGGAUUGCUAGGUAAAACCCAGAAAAAAGCAAGUCAUGGGCUUCCCAGAAACCCUAACCCUAAUUCACCAAACAGACCUUCCCCCCUAUCGUCAAGGCACUAAACCCUAGUACUUCUCUUUCUUUAUUUCUUUCAGCCCCUAUCAGCUUUGAGAUUACCAACAAAAACCAACUUAGAGAAUGUCAUGGGCUCUCCCAUAACCCUAAUCCUAAUUCACCUGACACACCACUUUCCUCUCUCUCUCUCUCUCUCUCUCUCAUGAAUGCGUGGAUCUUGAGGAUGUGUACGUUGCAUGCAAAAUUUUGGAACUAGUAACGGCUAUUUUCUCAACCAGCAUCACCACCCUUCUCUUCUCCUCACACAUCUUCACUUCUUUCAAGCCCGUUUCUGUUGGGAGGAGAAACUGAAUGUUCUCUUUUUUUUUUUUUAGCUAGGGUUAUUGCGUCAUAUUCCUCUCUCUUUCUCUCUCUCAAUAUAGUAAGUCCUUGUAAUUCUAAAACAAAUCAUCUUAUGCCUUCCCAAAGGCAACGGCUGUGGUCUUGAUUAUGUAAUUCUCAUAUUCCAGAAUGAACUAAAGCUAUUAUUAUUAUUAUUAUCUCUUUACAUUGGGUCGUCUCUCUUUUUCUUUGCUUUAUUUCUGUUAUUUAUGUUAAUGGAUGCUUCCACUACAUUUUAAUAUAUCAUUUCAAUUGCUCUUUA